GUAGUAUUGAACCACUAAUUCAGGUGUGGAUCGUGCAUCACAAAGACAGAAUACACCGCAACCUCGAUAAAAAAAAAUAACCCGACCACAAUGACGGCAUUACAUAGUAUGUCGACCGAGGUGAAGCGGAAUUUUGAAGCAAAAGUUGCCGAGAUGGAUGAGCGACUGGUACCUCCGCAGGCUGAUCUGCAUUUUCUGCACCUGCAACUACGUCAAAAGGUUUCAUUUGUGGGCGUCGUGGGGGAUGGACCGGAUGGGUACAUCCUUCUGUUCCGCACAAGCCCAAGUUUGAACGACGCGAAACAGCACCAGCAAGCACGGUCGCCCGGCGCCAUUGGCACGCGAGUCCACGACGAGGACGAGGAAGAGGACGAUUUUGACGACGACAAACUAAUCUUAAUCACCAUAAUCGUCGUCGACCUCUACAACCCGUCAAUACUCGACAUCAAAGGACGACGACAUUGA